UGGGAGCGCGCGCUCGCAGUGCAGACAGACUGUUACGCCCUCUUUAAACAUUCAUAGCCACAUUUACUUCGGUAAACUUCCUCAAAUAUGCAGUUAAGCCAUUAACUUCCUCUCCGAGGGGUGAACACACUCACGUCCUACAGACUUCAACUAAUUACUUCCACAGAAGCGGGAUUACGGUCCUCAAGAGCAUCUGAUAUGUUUGACUGCUGAAGUCGAGUGGUCACCUUCUAUCAUGCAGAGCAUCAAGUGUGUGGUGGUGGGGGACGGAGCAGUCGGAAAAACCUGCCUGCUCAUCUCGUACACAACCGGCGCGUUCCCCAAAGAGUACAUUCCCACCGUGUUCGAUAACUACAGCUCCCAAGUCACUGUGGAAGGCCGCACCGUCAGCCUCAAUCUGUGGGACACAGCAGGCCAGGAGGAGUAUGACCGCCUUCGCACGCUGUCCUACCCUCAGACCAAUGUCUUCAUCAUCUGCUUCUCCAUCUCCAGCCCCCCAUCCUAUGAGAACGUCAAGCACAAGUGGCACCCAGAGGUGACGCACCACUGUCCCAGCGUGCCCAUCCUGCUGGUGGGGACCAAAAGUGAUCUUCGCAACGAUGCGGAUGUGCUGAAGAAGCUAAAGGAGCAGAACCAGGCACCCAUCACACACCAGCAGGGCCAGGCUCUGGCUCGCCAAAUCCACGCCAUCAAGUACCUGGAGUGUUCGGCACUCAGCCAGGACGGCAUCAAGGACGUGUUUGCAGACGCAGUGCGUGCCUUCCUCAGUCCUCAACCUGUGGCUCAAAAGAAGCCCUGUAUACUCCUCUGAAAAUACAGAGAAGAUAGAGGCAUUUUAAUUGAAUUACACAAAGGAAUGCAUAUAAAUGGUGGGAAUGUUAUGGAAUGUUUGAAAAAAAAUAGGAUUUCAGUGAACAAUGACCAAGAAACACAGCCUUAAUCUGUGAAAUUAGAGAAAUACAAGAUUAAGUAAAAUAUUAGGAUUUUACACUGUACUGAGAUCCCUACUGAUUGCUUUUUUUUUUUU